AUGGAGAUUAAAGCCCCUAAAGCCUGUCGCCAUUGCCAGCUCCACAAGCGCAAAUGUGACAAGCGGCUGCCCAGGUGCUCGCGAUGCGCCUUAAAACUGUCCAGGUGCGAAUAUGGCGACAACAGGCCGCUUGAAGCAGAGCCGGUUACUAAGCUCAGAUGGAGCGAACCUCUGGCCAUCCAGCGCGAGUCCUGCGGCCUCGAGCUUACCCCAGUAGGAGAAAGGCAACUUUUAUGGGCUGCUUGCCAAAGUCAGGAGUCAUACCCAAAACAGACUGACACAAAGCGUUUGAUGAACUUGACAGAAGACAUCUUCGCCUAUGGCGGUACUUCCGCGCAGCAGGUCUGGGAUAGACACUUUGCUACAGGCUACUCCUGGCUGCCCGUCCUGGAGGAGUCAAACGUCAAUUUCAACCUUCUGGUCAUGCAAGAGUCCGACAUCCACAAGGAUGUUCUUGCAUUGCUAUUAUUAUGCAUGUACUUGCUGAACCAGGCACCCUGCUACCACCCCAACCACACAUCCAACAGCUCGCUUCACAAGACCACGAGCCGGAUCUUUUCCCUGGUCGAGGCAUCUGGCGAUGUCUUCUCGCACGCCACAAAGCUGCAAGCCGGCCUGCUGCUAACUGCCUAUGAAUGCGGACAUGGUAUGAGCGAGAAGGCUACAACCACGUUGGGGGCAUGUUUUGGCAUCAUCAGGCAGCUGGAACAUCGCCGAGAAGAUGUUUACAAUUCUAACUGGAAUGAUAGUUCCAUUGUACUCUCUUGUGCUGAUAGCUCUGCCACUCUUCUCAUCCCGACAAAGGAAAUAUUGCCACCCGAGGCAAUUUCCUAUUUGGAAACAGACGGACUAUCGUACAUGGAUAGAGUGCACAUGUUUCGAAUGCGAACCCGCUCAGCUCUAUUGGUCGGUGAAGCAAUAAAAGCCGUUAAUGGGGAUCCAGCGUCGGCAAACUGUAUUGAAGCCGAGAAACUUCUCCACGAGCUUGUCCGGAAGCAUGCGGCUUCAAAGGAGCAGUCGUAUCCUGUGUGCGAAGGCAUUUCCAUGGCUCUAAGCGCCGUUGUAUCCGCUUAUAAGAAACGAGUCCAACGCAUCGGGUCUACCGCUGACGCGAAGCUCAACAUCGACAUCAAAUUUGCCUACAACAUUGCCUUUGAAAUGUGCCGAGUUGAGGGCAGCAUAAUGAGGACGCGGGACAAAGGCCUUGAGAGACUGUGCUUCGCCGGUCUGGGCUGCCUCUACCGUGCCGCAGUAGACCUGGAUGAGAUGUGCCCCGAUGGAGCGUCUCCUGAAGACGCUAAUCAGCUACGAGAAAACUUGGAGUGGUUUUCAGGCCGUUGGAAAGUUGCAGGCAAGCUCCAAGGCUGA